AUGUCAAUAAAAAUUGUUAGCGGGGGACAAACUGGCGUUGAUCGAUCUGCUCUGGACGUGGCUAUCGAAUUGAAUUAUAAGUAUGGUGGAUGGUGCCCUCGUGGCAGAAAGGCUGAAGAUGGAAUUAUUGAUUCUAUUAAAUAUGCAAAUCUAGAAGAAACAUCGUCAAAUCAUUAUCCACAACGAACAGAAUUCAAUGUACGAGAUUCAGAUGGAACUCUCAUUAUUAUAGUCGGAAACGAGGAUACAAUGGGUCGUGGUUCAAAAUUAACAGUAAAUAUGACGAAGAAAUACGAAAAACCUUUGUUGAUAAUCAAUCUGAACCAAGAUGACAAAAUUAAAAACGAAACUAAAGUAAUCGAAUGGCUUUCCAUGCACAAAAUUAAGAUAUUAAACAUUGCUGGACCACGAGAAGAAACAACGCCUGGCAUAUAUAAACAAGCAGAACAAUUUUUAAGAAAUACUUUUACUGAGACUUUCGAUGAAUGCACAACUAAAAGAAAUAUCGAUGAAAAUUAUCCAUCAUCACCAUCACCUUCUCCGAUGACAUCAAUAACUCAUUCAAAUCCUCGAGCCAUUAGUUCAACAUUGAUUAAUUCUCAAAGACAUUUAACUAAUCAUUCAACAUUAUUACCUUGUACAGUAUCAAAACGUUCACAAAAACUAAAUAAGAAUGAUGAUUUAUUAUCUAGGAAUUCACUUGUGCAGACAACAACACGUAAUAAUAAAAUUUCAAAUGGAAAUGAUGAUGAUUCAUCAUCGACAUAUAAACAAUAG